AUGAGGGACAUUGAUGCCCGGGUCACAGGGUUUAAUUACACGACCUUUCAUACCUAUACAACUGAAGUGGAGGUAGAUGGCCACACUUGGACGCUACAUAUCCGCUACAAUACAUUCUACCAAUUCUACGAACGUCUUUUGGCCAUUGAGAAGUACUUUAUGGUAAAAUUUCCUCCUAAGGGCAGUCUGUUCUUUUCUCCGUCCCCGAAAGAGCGACAGGAAGAGCUCGAUGAGUUCAUGUUGGGCACUCUUGCUUACUUUGAUAUGAGGGACCACCCUAAACGUAUGGGGGCCUUGCUGGACGAACUUCUUGAGAUUUCAAAGAACUUGGUUGUGAAGGACGAGGAGGAGGAGCGUACGGCUAGUGAGGGAAGCUUCGAUGUGAUUGAUGACUUUCUCGAGAGUGAACACGACACUUUACAACCAAUUGUUGCAGAUGAGAACCAAAUUAAAGCUGCUUAUAAAUUGGACCCCCAUCAGUCUAUCAAGGAAGACAAAGCAAUGGAAAUGGAGGUGGAGAUGGAGAUGCAACAGAAGAAUGUCGCCGUCGCAAAGGCAGAAGCGAAAACAGUAACCUCAACGAUUGAGAAGAGUACGGCGACGCACGAGGAAUCGACCGACGCUAUUCCAACACAGGCCGCCAUUGAGACGACGGUACCCUCGACAGAGCCUGAAGAACGCGCCCUCGAGCCAGUGGCGCCUAUUGAAGGUGAUUCUGGAAAUGUGUCAGAUACGACGAGCAAGCUGGAUGCCGUUUCGAUUUUGGAUCCGAAAAGUGAAGAGAAGAUAGUCAAAGAAAACGAGCUUUUCUCACAGGAGGAGGGUCAAGAAUCCGAUCUGGAGUCGGAUACCGAAUCUGAGAACCCCGUGGUGGGCUGGUUUCGGCGCAUCAUCUCAUUUGGUUCAUCUCCAGACGAAAAGGAGGAGGAGGCAGUUCACAAGCAGUACGAGGAAGAAGAUGAGCAAGGGAAUCAAGAGGCUGCUACGCAAGCAGAGACCGAGGUGAUAGACGCAGAGGCUUGCACAAAGGCCGAAGAAGAGGUCAAGGCCGAAGCUAUGGAAGCUGAGCUCCUGCUUGCCGCACAGGAAUUGAAUCUGCGUCUUAAACGCUAUCGUCACCCGGUUUUCUUCCGAAAUUUCAAUUGCAACGUGAAAGCAUCUUGCUUUGUCAUGCCGCAGCGAUUGAGCAGCGGCAUCCUCGCGUAA